AUGAACAGGCCUCUUGACAAUAUUCAGCACAGACCAGACAGAUUUGAUGCGACAACGGAGAGCAGGGCGGCAUUCACAAACAACAAUGUGCAAAGGACGCAUCCAAUUAGACCACGCGAUCAGAUGGACUGGCCGAGUGGGAAUGAAGAUCGGAGAACAAUUACAAAAACAACAUACCAAGGCGGAGUGGGCGAGCGCUAUCAAGCUACGAGGCCCAAGGACGGAAUAGAUAAACCGAGUGAUCCAAUGGACUCGAGCACCAUCAAUCGGACGACGUAUCAAGGCGGAGUGGGCGAACGCUAUCAAGCUACGAGGCCCAAGGAUGGAAUAGAUAAACCGAGUGAUCCAAUGGACUCGAGCACCAUCAAUCGGACGACGUAUCAAGGCGGAGUGGGCGAGCGCUAUCAAGCUACGAGGCCCAAGGAUGGAAUAGAUAAACCGAGUGAUCCAAUGGACUCGAGCACCAUCAAUCGGACGACGUAUCAAGGCGGAGUGGGCGAGCGCUAUCAAGCUACGAGGCCCAAGGAUGGAAUAGAUAAACCGAGUGAUCCAAUGGACUCGAGCACCAUCAAUCGGACGACGUAUCAAGGCGGAGUGGGCGAGCGCUAUCAAGCUACGAGGCCCAAGGAUGGAAUAGAUAAACCGAGUGAUCCAAUGGACUCGAGCACCAUCAAUCGGACGACGUAUCAAGGCGGAGUGGGCGAGCGCUAUCAAGCUACGAGGCCCAAGGACGGAAUAGAUAAACCGAGUGAUCCAAUGGACUCGAGCACCAUCAAUCGGACGACGUAUCAAGGCGGAGUGGGCGAGCGCUAUCAAGCUACGAGGCCCAAGGACGGAAUAGAUAAACCGAGUGAUCCAAUGGACUCGAGCACCAUCAAUCGGACGACGUAUCAAGGCGGAGUGGGCGAGCGCUAUCAAGCUACGAGGCCCAAGGACGGAAUAGAUAAACCGAGUGAUCCAAUGGACUCGAGCACCAUCAAUCGGACGACGUAUCAAGGCGGAGUGGGCGAGCGCUAUCAAGCUACGAGGCCCAAGGACGGAAUAGAUAAACCGAGUGAUCCAAUGGACUCGAGCACCAUCAAUCGGACGACGUAUCAAGGCGGAGUGGGCGAGCGCUAUCAAGCUACGAGGCCCAAGGACGGAAUAGAUAAACCGAGUGAUCCAAUGGACUCGAGCACCAUCAAUCGGACGACGUAUCAAGGCGGAGUGGGCGAGCGCUAUCAAGCUACGAGGCCCAAGGACGGAAUAGAUAAACCGAGUGAUCCAAUGGACUCGAGCACCAUCAAUCGGACGACGUAUCAAGGCGGAGUGGGCGAGCGCUAUCAAGCUACGAGGCCCAAGGACGGAAUAGAUAAACCGAGUGAUCCAAUGGACUCGAGCACCAUCAAUCGGACGACGUAUCAAGGCGGAGUGGGCGAGCGCUAUCAAGCUACGAGGCCCAAGGACGGAAUAGAUAAACCGAGUGAUCCAAUGGACUCGAGCACCAUCAAUCGGACGACGUAUCAAGGCGGAGUGGGCGAGCGCUAUCAAGCUACGAGGCCCAAGGAUGGAAUAGAUAAACCGAGUGAUCCAAUGGACUCGAGCACCAUCAAUCGGACGACGUAUCAAGGCGGAGUGGGCGAGCGCUAUCAAGCUACGAGGCCCAAGGACGGAAUAGAUAAACCGAGUGAUCCAAUGGACUCGAGCACCAUCAAUCGGACGACGUAUCAAGGCGGAGUGGGCGAGCGCUAUCAAGCUACGAGGCCCAAGGAUGGAAUAGAUAAACCGAGUGAUCCAAUGGACUCGAGCACCAUCAAUCGGACGACGUAUCAAGGCGGAGUGGGCGAGCGCUAUCAAGCUACGAGGCCCAAGGAUGGAAUAGAUAAACCGAGUGAUCCAAUGGACUCGAGCACCAUCAAUCGGACGACGUAUCAAGGCGGAGUGGGCGAGCGCUAUCAAGCUACGAGGCCCAAGGACGGAAUAGAUAAACCGAGUGAUCCAAUGGACUCGAGCACCAUCAAUCGGACGACGUAUCAAGGCGGAGUGGGCGAGCGCUAUCAAGCUACGAGGCCCAAGGACGGAAUAGAUAAAACCGAGUGA